GUUUUUGAAGAGAUAGAAGAUUCAAAACAUGACAGCUAAUAUCAAAGUGGCGCAAUCGAGAUUUGCGUUGCUAAAGGUAGAAGACGACGAUGACGAUGAAGGGGAAACAAAGCCUUCACAGGGAGGGAAAAACAAUCAACAGCAGUCAAAGAAUAAAAACAAGAAAAGAAAAAAGAAGACGACACCAGACGAUGAGUUGAAGAACAUGGCAUUUGGCCUUAGUGGAUCAGGAAAUCACAGACCACAAUCAGCCCAGAGUACUACUGAUAAUGUCAAGGGCAACAAGGGAGGCAAGAAAAACAAAGAGGCCAAGCCUGAACAGUGGGAAGAAUGGAAGAAGGUGGAUGACCAACUUACAGCAGGGUUUUAUGAAAAAGAUCUACAACAAGCAUUACUUCUCAGCAAGAUGGAAUAUGAACACAGUAAAAGUGUGAAUAAAAAAAGUGACUCAAAGGCAGCUGGUAAAAGCAAUGAUCAGCCACCAGAAGGGAAGGAUGGGAAAAAGAAGAAUAAGAAAGACAAGCCAGUGACAAUGAGUCUUGAUGAGUUCAACUCUGGUAGUCAGGCGAAGUCAUAUGCUGAUGAGUUAGAAGAUUUGCCUAGUCUGUCUCCAGCCAGUCAUAAGUUGGAAUCGCCAGAGGAUGCACCGACAAAUGUCAAGUUCUUUGACACAGUAGAUGACGAUGUUCACAAAAUUUUACAGAAAGAAAAAAUACAAGAGGAAUAUCAAAAGCAAUAUGCAGUAGAAAGUGUGAUGUCCAACAAAUAUAAAAAUGAACUUAGUAAAAAAGAUAAAGAAAUAGAAUUUUUGAGAGCAACUGUAGGUAAACUAGAGAAUGAACUUAAGCAAGUAAAGAAGAGGAACAAGCAGUUAUGUGUGAUAUUAGCUCAGGGAGAAAUGAAAGACAAAGCAGAGGUACUGAUGCAGGUGAACCAGUUAGGUGAAGUGCGAGAUGAGCUCACAGAACAGGUCACUAGUCUCACCGCUGAGCUAGAAAAAGAGAGGUCCAAAGUUCACGCACUCAAAGCUGAUAUUGACAAACAAAAGGGUGGAAAGCAUGUUGGCAAAUGAAGUCUCAACUCUGAAUCAUUCUUCUCAAAUACUGCAACAGGUAAUGAGCAUUACCUGUUGUUCUUAAGUUGUAAAGUUUAUCUACAAGAUGAAGUCUGAAGUGGAUCCUGUUCCAUGGCUGCUCCUGAAGUGCACCUACAAACUUCUAUAGUGCCUGUACUUCACUGUGUCAUUGUAUCUAGGCAACAGGAGAUUAACUAGAUAAGAAUACUCUACAACCAUUGCCUCGGAAAUUUAUUCAUACUUGAGAGUUUAAGUUUUGAUAUAAGUAUACUUUUCUUGUGCUAAACAUUUACACUAAACAACAUAAAGCCCAAACUGUUUAUCAGAAAAGAGGAGACAGUGAAGAAAAUGUCAUCAAAAUGUAUGAGUUGUGUUAUGACAUCUGGACCAGUGAGGGUUAUUUUCCCAAGCUGGCUUCUCUACAUCACAGAAAUGGUCAUAGAUAUUUAGUAAGGGUUUGUUUUUCAUUUGAAAAGUUAUUUUUAAUAUGGAAUCUUUGAAGAUAAAGAUAGUAGCUAAGUGAAAUGUGUUUAAUUCUAGGUGCCAAGAUUUUUAUAGACCAUCAGGCUUACCCAUAUUGUUUCCUUGUGGACCAAGUUUGUUAUGAUAUGAGCUACAGGAUCCCUGGUUCAUUGUGUUGUCAGUUUCUAUUUUAGAUAUUUUCAUUAAUUGUUUUCAUUUGUUUGACUGUCAGUACAGUACAUAGGGGAUGUAGAACAGUCCCUGUAACUUUAAUUUGUAUUAGUUAUAUUUUGUUUAAAGCACAGAGUUUAUGGAAUAAAUCCCUAAGAAUUUAUGUUUGGGCCAGUAAUGCAGCUGAAAAUGUAAAAUGGGAUUUAUUGAGGUACUAGCAACUCUUGGCUAGUUACUGAAGCUUUUAAUUGGACAUAAAAUGCAGUGGCAGUAUGGCUUCUGACAUGCCAUUGUCUGUACACGGUGAAUAAAUUUUAAAAAGAUUAAAGUUCCAACAGCUAAUACUGUCAUAUAAUGAGGCUUUGUUAACAUUUAAAGUCUGUAUUUCUUUGCAAUAUUCUUAUUAAACAACAAAAUCAGAACAAAAUGAUUAGAUAUUCAUAGAAGUGCAACUGAAAGAUCAAAUGUGAUCUUUUUAUACAGCAAAUAAUUUGUAUUUAACCUUACUAUCAUGCUAUUUGAUGAUAGUAAAACUUUUUCCACAAACUGAAUUAUGUUUGAUGAAGAAAAUGGUUUAUGGAAAAUUAACUUUUUCCCUUUUAUACAGAAUGACCAGAUGAUAUAAAUGUAUCAUGAUAAAUAUUCAUCAAUAAAUGUGUCAUGGUCUUUUGAA